CUCCACCUUAAACCCCGCCAUGUCCGAUCUUAAGAACGUCGUCAUCGUCGGCGCCUCCAGCGGCGCAGCCCUCGCGCGCCAGCUCGAGAAGAAGCUGCCCUCCUCGCACCGCAUCGUGCUCAUCGACUCCAACGAGUCGGCUUACUGGCCCAUCGGCGGCCUGCGCGCCGCCGUCAAGCCGGGCAGCGAGGAGCAGAUGUUUGCGCCGCUCAAGGGCUUCUUCAAAGAGGGCAGCCGCCACGUCGUGCUGCCGCUCACCAAGGUCACCGCCAUCAGCAACAGCAGCGUCACGCUCGAGGAGGCGCGCGACGGCUUCGGCACCGAGAUUGCGCUGGACCUCGGCGUCAUUGCUACUGGCUCUACCUACCCUUCACCCAUGCGCUCCGAGGACGCCGUGACGGCAGAGGCCAAGGCGGCGCUGAAGAAGAAGCAGGACGAGGUGGCGCGUGCAGAGAGCAUCCUCAUUGUUGGUGGCGGGCCGGUCGGCAUUGAGUUCGCGGGCGAGGUCAAGGACGUGCACCCCGACAAGAAGGUGACGCUGUGCACGAGCGGCAAGACGCUGCUCUCGCCCGACUGGAAGCCGGCGUUCCCCUCCAAGCUGCACAACCAGCUCGUCAAGCUCGGCGUGACGGUCCAGUACGAAGCCAAGAUUGACCUGCCAGAGUCUGUCAACUCUGCCGAGCUGCUCAGCGAGGCCGUCGAGAUCAGCACGCCCGCCGGCCCGCUCAAGACGGACUUUGUGCUCAUUGCCAGCGGCGGCAAGCCCAACACGCAGCUCCUGCCCGACGCGGCGCUCGACGACUCGAAGCGCAUCAAGGUCAACGCGCAGAGCCUGCGCGUCGAGCACGCUGAGCUCGACAAGUGGUUCGCCAUCGGCGACGCCAACAACGCGCCGGGCUCCAAGACGUACAUGUCCGCCUCGGCACAGGCGCCCGCCGUCGCCGCCAACAUCGUCGCCGCGCUGUUCCAGUCCAACACGAUCAAGGCGUACAAGCCGCCGGGCGCCAUCAUGGUCGUGCCCAUCGGCACGUCCGGCGGCGCGUCGCAGCUCAGCAUCGUCGUGCUCGGCGAGUGGGUCACGUCGCUGGCCAAGGGCAAGGGCCUGCUGCUCGGCAUGUUCAAGGGCACCUACGGCAUCUAAGCCCCCCAAUCUCGCGCUCCCUCAUUGAUAUCCCACCGAGCCAGCUCGACUUAUGACCACGACCGAUGCCACCCCGUUCGACUGGCCUAUAAUUAGAUUAUCGUCAC